AUGUAUGUUCAGCUCAGUGGCGACGCGAGAGCCGUGCGGUCGCUGCGGGAAGCUCAUGACUCACUGUUGGACGCCGCCGCCCUGGUGGACCAGGCGUACGGGGUGCCCCUCCUAGGAAGCCUCGCCGCCAACUUCGUUCACUUCAUCUCGGCCCUGAACCUCAUGCUGGCCGUCAAACUGCGUUACCAAGUGAUAUCUCAUGGCCAUGCGGAUUUCCUGAUUCUGAUAAGCAGCUGCUGGGCGCUGCUUCAUGUGAUUUGUGUGUUGGCUGUGACAGGGGUGUCCAGCGCUGCAGCUGCCGAGACUCGCCAAAUUCCUCGACUCGUACACAAGGCACUGCUUCCAAUCACAGACGUCGGCACCAGCGACGCACAGCUGCGUGAGCAGCUGCAGCUGUUCUCGCAGCAGGUGAUGCACCAGCGCCUGUGCUUCACAGCAUGUGGUUUCUUCACAAUCGAUCUGACGAUAGUGCUCUCCAUGGUUGGGGCUGUCACUACUUAUCUUGUAAUUUACUUACAGUUCAGUGCUACUCACUAG